AUAGUAGUAUAGGCACUUCGAGCGGGAACGUCUUUUAGGAAAAUGGACGCGUUAUACUUAGCUGUUUUGACGUCCACCGUGGUACAACUGUCGUUGCACCAAGUCGUUUCAGCGGGUACGAAAUUCGGCGAGUUGUGCUCGUCUCCGACGCCACAGAACAAAUGCAUGAGCGUCAACAAGACGGACGGGUAUCGAGUGACUUGCAGUGGCGGUUUCCGCGAGGAUUACUCGGCCGAAGAUUAUUUUUUAUUUCAAACGCUGACGCUCUGUCAUUGGCCGUUGGACAAAUUCGACCCAGCCAUGUCGUUGCGUCCUUACCCAAAACUCGUGAAGUUGACGAUAACCAAAAGCAAAAUCAAAGAAAUUAUUGGUGAAUUUCCGGAGUUCUUGCAAAAUUUAAAGACUUUAAAUUUAUCCCAUUUGAAUUUGGAGCGUGUUAAGUAUAGUGCAUUUAAGUAUUUGUCGUCUUUGGAGGUUUUGGAUUUGAGUUACAAUAAAUUCAACCACUUAUACUCCCCUUCAAUGGAAUAUUUACCGAAAUUGAAACAAAUUUGGUUAGCUGGAGAUUUUUGGUUUUGUAAAAACGAUUUGUAUUGGUUACUCCAUGUAUCAAAAGAUUCGCUGACAUUCAAAGUGAUGGAUUUCAACCGCAUGACUUGUGGCGGAUAUAAAUACAUUGGAAAACCUGUGAUCCCCGUAUUGCGGCUAUUAAGUGAUUUGGAAAAAGAGUGUCCUAGCAGUCCUCCUGACUAUUGUGUCUGUACGCUGGACAACGUAGUGCGUGGUAGGGGCCCAUCGUUUAACUUACAUCCAGUGAUAACAGUCGAUUGCAGUUAUAGAGGCUUAAAAAUGCUACCGAAAAUACUUCCACACAAUACCACAACACUAUUAGUCCAAGGAAAUCAGAUAUCCACAUUGGACGAUUUGCUUACCAAUCGCUAUUACACAAAACUUUUGGACAUUCAUUUGGACUACAAUCGGAUUAGUUCAAUAAGCAUAUUAGAAGGAUCACAUUGGUUGGCACGCUGCAGAGUUAUGAGUUUUAAAGGAAACAAUUUGACUAAAGUACCAACAUAUGCAUUAGAUAAUGCGUUCCAGCGAAAUCGUAACAUCGUUCAACUUUAUUUAGGUGCUAAUCCUUGGCGUUGCAAUUGUUUGUUUGCUCCGGCUUUUCAGGACUUUUUGAUUAAAUAUCAAUCACUGAUAAUGGAUUUAUCAGAUAUUAAAUGUUCAUACCAGCAAAAUGAUGAAUAUUACAUGACUCCAAUUCACGAUCUUCCCAGAAAUACAUUGUGCAGAAAUUCUGCGACGGACAUGGUGAAUUUUUGGGAUAGUUUAAAUGUAUUGUUGGCUAGUUUGAUAGUUGUUGUAGUUAUUAAGUUUAUUUACGAUUAUGUACUGUAUAAAAAAUAUGGCAGAUUACCCAGGAUUAUCACAUUAUUACCUUAACACUUAAAAUAUGUAUGUCUUUAUCGUUUUAUUAUUGAAUUUAAAUAAUAAUAUAGGUAAUAUGAUUUGCAAUAUGUUCUUUUGUGUGUUAUAUUUAAUAUUUACUGUUGUUAAAUGAACAUUUACUUGUAUGUCAAAAACUAAUCCAAAUCUUAUAUUAUAUUGCACACAUAUAUUACAGAACAAUUAGUAGGUACAAAGGUACGAAAAAAAAUGUACCGUGAUUGGUUAAAAAACAUUUAAUUAAUGUUUUCCAUUUGGAUGAAAUUUGAAUUCUGAUGACAACGAUAUAAUAUAUUGUUUUUUUUACAAAAUUAAUUUAAUAAUUUAUUCUACAA